UGCCGACGGCACAGCGGUGGAGGGGACGCGCUGCCCGCUGUCACCGCCCCUGGGAGAAACACCGGGUCUGCCGAGCUGCGCCCUCCUGCGCCUGGAACGCGGGCUGCAGCGCCGCCGGGAGCCCCCCGGGCUGCUGGCAAACAAGCACCCACUACGAAGCCGAAGGGAACAGCUGUGCUCGUGGGGCUGAAUUUGGUGCGGAUCCAUUGCCAGAACGACGCCGUCUAUCAGUACCACGUCACCUUCAGCCCCGAGGUGGAGUGCAGGAGCGCCCGCUUCGCCAUGCUGAAGGAGCAGCGGGCGGUGACAGGAGAUGUGACGGCGUUCGAUGGCUCCAUCCUCUUCCUGCCCGUCCUGCUGCCUCAGCCGCUCAGCCUGAAGGCGCUCAGGAGGACGGAUGGGGAGGAGAUCAGCAUCGCCAUCCAGAUCACCAAAGUGCUGGAGCCGAGCUCCGACCUCUGCAUCCCCUUCUACAACGUGGUGUUCCGCAGAGCCAUGAGGAUCCUGGACAUGAAGCCGGUGGGAAGGAAUUUCUACGACCUGUCCAAGGCCAACGUGAUGCAGCGCUACAGGCUGCAGAUUUGGCCGGGUUACUCCGUCAGCAUCCGCAAAAAGGACGCCGGGCUCUUCCUGAUGGUGGACACCGUCCAUAGGAUCAUCCGGAAUGAAUCCGUGCUGGCUUUAAUGCAGUCCAUCUGCAAGCAGAGCCCCAGCAGCUUCCACGACGAGUGCACCAAGCAGCUGGUGGGCAGCACGGUGCUGACCCGCUACAACAACCGCACAUACCGCAUCGAUGACAUCGAGUGGGAGAAGACCCCCAGGGACAGCUUCACCUUGGGCAGCGGGGAGGAGAUCAGCUUCGUGGAUUACUACAGCAAAACGUAUGGGAUCACCGUGCGGGAGUUGGAGCAGCCGCUGCUCAUCCACAGACCCAAGGAGAAGCUGAUGCUGGGGGGCAAGCCCCAGCUGGACAUGGUGCUGCUGCUGCCGGAGCUCACCUUCCUGACCGGCAUCUCGGAGGUCAAGAAGGACGCCCGCAUGCUGAAGGACGUGAUGCAGGAGAUGCUGCAGAGCCCCCAGCAGCACUACGAGUCUCUGUGCAGUUUGCUGCGCCGCAUUCAAUGCAACCAGGAGGCGUUGCAGGAGCUGACGCGCUGGGGGCUCGUCCUGAGCCCCGACAUCCACACGACCCAGGGCCGCAUCCUGCCCUCGGAGCGGGUCAACCUGCGGCGCUGCUCCUUCAUCCCCGCCGAGGACGUGAACUGGACCAAGGAGGUGGUGCGGGAAGCUGCCAUCUCCACGGUCGACAUGAACUGCUGGCUGCUGGUCUACCCGCGGCGCCUGCAGGACGUGACCAAGAGUUUGGUGGCUCUGAUGAGGAGCACCUGCGGCCCCAUCGGCAUGCACAUCAACCAGCCCGCCCUGGUGGAGCUGAAGGACGAGCGCCUCGAGAGCUACGUCCGGACCAUCCGCAGCAUCCUGGGCAGUGAUGACAAAGUGCAGCUGCUGCUGUGCAUCACCAGCGGCACCAAAACAGAUGUGUACAGUGCCAUCAAGAAGCUGUGCUGCGUGCACAGCCCGGUGCCCUCCCAGGUCAUCAAUGCGCGCUCCCUCCUGGGGCACUCGGCCAAGCUGAGGAGCGUCGUGCAGAAGGUGCUGCUGCAGGUCAACUGCAAGCUGGGCGGCGAGCUGUGGGGGGUGGACGUCCCACUGAAGCAGCUGAUGGUGGUCGGGAUGGAUGUGAGCCACAGCAGAGGGACGCGCUCCGUCAUCGGCUUCGUGGCCAGCACCAAUCAGGUGCUGACCAGGUGGUAUUCCCGCGUCGUGUUCCAGCUGCCGCAACAGGAGAUCGCUGACAGCCUGCGCCUCUGCCUGGCCAACGCGCUGCAGCAGUUCCACGAGAUGAACCACUGCCUGCCCAAGAAGAUCGUGGUGUACCGGGACGGCGUGUCGGACAGCCAGCUGGACACGGUGCUCAAAUACGAGAUCCCGCAGCUGCAGAAAUGCUUCGACACCUUCGAGAACUACAGCCCCAGCAUGGCCGUGCUGGUGGUGCAGAAGCAGAUGGGCACCAAUUUCUACUCCGUCUCAUCCGAGCAGCUUUCGGCCGCGCCGGCGGGGACGGUGGUGGAUCACAGCAUCACCAGCACUGAGUGGCAGGAUUUCUUCCUGCUGGCCCACUGCCCGCGGCUGGGCUGCAGCAUCCCCACGCGGUACAUCUGCGUGCUGAACACCGCCAACCUGAGCGCCGAGCACCUGCAGAGGCUGACGUUCAAGCUGUGCCACCUCUACUGGAACUGGCCGGGCACCAUCCGCGUGCCAGCGCCCUGCAAAUACGCGCACAGGUUGGCCUUCCUGGCGGGGCAGGUGCUGCAGCACGAGCCCGACGCGCGGCUGUGCAACAAACUCUUCUUCCUUUAGCCCCGGCGCCGCGGGCUGUGCUGGUGUUCGCUUUCUUUUUUGCGCCCGCGGUUCCUUUUGGGUUGUUUUACUGAGAAAAAGCGAGCGGGGGGGGGGCAGGGCAGAGCUCGGGGCUGGGGGGGUUCCUGGGUUCCUCGGUUCCUGCGCCGGUGCUUCGUUUCUUCCACGCCCUCCUGCCAGCCCUUAUCGCAGCCCUGCUCUCCCCCCACUCUUUAUUUUCCAUUCGCUUUGCCGGCUGAUAGCGGGGAGGAGAUAAGGGGGACUUUGAGUCCUCCACGCUCCGCUCGCACUUUGGAGGGCGCCGCUUUUCUCUCCUGGCUUUUUCUUUCUGCUGUUGGCUUUUGCUUUUCCUGCCCUUUUUUUGGCUGCUGGUUUCCGUUCCCUUCAAUAAAGCUGUUCCUGGCAGCA